AUGAUUCCAACUCUGCUGUUCUCGGGUUUCUUCUUCGCCAAUGCCUUCGCCAAUCCCCUUGCAGGUCACGAGCAGCAGCAGCCAUUGGGUAAUGGGGUCUCUUUCUCGACGGUGUAUGGCGCCGGAGGGGCUCAGAGGCUAACUGGACGGUUCCUGCAUAUCACAGAUCCUCAUCCCGAUUCGCACUACAAACACGGAGCGUCGACCGACAAUAAUUGCCAUCGAGGUCAUGGAUCUGCUGGAUACUUUGGAGCGGAAGGAACCGAUUGCGAUGCCCCGUUUACCUUGAUGAAUGCGACUUUCCGAUGGAUCGAGCGAAAUUUAAAGGGAAAUAUCGACUUUGUACUCUGGACUGGUGAUUCCGCCCGCCAUGACAGGGAUGAAAAGAUACCGCGGAAAAUGGAAGAAAUUAUCCACCUGAAUGAACUUUUGUCCCAGCAAUUCGUCGAUGCUUUCCAGGAGGAAUUCGGCCUUUCCAUCCCCGUCGUCCCGACAAUUGGAAACAAUGAUAUCAUGCCGCAUAACACCAUGAAGGAAGGGCCGAAUCGCUGGACGAAGGCGCUUGUGGACGUCUGGGACAAAUUCAUCCCGGAGUCUGAGCGCCAUAGUUUUGUGGAGGGUGGCUGGUUCACCAGUGAAGUCAUCCCUGGCAAAUUAUCAGUAAUCAGUCUCAACACCAUGUACUUUUACAGUUCCAACUCCGCUGUGGAUGGAUGUGACGACAAGGAUGAGCCGGGAUUUGAGCACAUGGAGUGGCUCAGAGUCCAGCUGAAGCUGCUUCGCCAGCGCAAGAUGAAGGCCAUUCUGAUCGGACAUGUACCUCCGGCCAGGGCAGGCUCGAAACAAGGAUGGGAUGAAACAUGUUGGCAGAAGUACACCCUGUGGCUGUAUCAAUAUCGAGAUGUCAUUGUUGGGAGCGUCUAUGGACAUAUGAAUAUCGACCAUUUCAUGUUCCAAGACAGCCACGAUAUCGACAUUAUCGAUUUGGAAGGUGACAACACGGGAUCUAAUGAUUUUUCUGUCCAAUCCAUGGAAAACUAUCUCGAGGCCCUUCGGGGCCAAUGGUCCGACAUGCCAUCCCCGCCAUCUGGUCUUUCAAUUGAGGAGUACUUGGAUGAAGACUUUACAGAGACUUAUGGCAAUGCGUCUUGGACAGACAUAUCCAAGAAAAGAAAGAAGAAGAAGAAGUUCCUGAGAAAGAUCGGUGGCCCUCUGGCCGAAAGGUAUAGUGUCUCUUUGGUAUCGCCCAGUUUGGUGCCAGAAUACUUUCCUACGCUCCGCGUGAUUGAAUACAACAUCACCGGCUUGGAAGAUACGCCAACUUGGUCCGAUAUUCAAGAAAUUACAGAAAUCUCAUAUUCCAAUGAUCAUGACACACCGUCCGUCUUGGAACCUGAAGACUCUCGAACGGUGGACAUUGACGGGAAGAAAAAGAAGAAGACGCCAAAGUUCAAAGUACCAGAACCCCCUCCGUCUUCCGCUCUUCCGGGCCCUGGCUACUCGAAUCAACCGUUGUCCUGGCUCGGAUAUACGCAGUAUUACGCCAACCUAACGAGAAUCAACGACAAAGUUGCCCUGCUGCACGACCAAAAUGAGACUGAGAAUGAUGCAAAUGCUACCGGUGUUGAUGAUAUAUUUGGCUUCGAGGUCGAGUACGAUACUCGUAACGACCAUAUCUACCAAAUGAAGGAUCUUACAGUUCGCAGCUACUUCGAUCUAGCUAGUCGGAUUGCGAACAACAUUCCGAAUACCCUGACAUCACCUGCUGACAUAAACGAAGACGAUUAUGAAAGCCAAAAGAAGAAAAAGAAGAAGAAGAAGAAGAAGAAGAAGAAGAAGAAUAAGAACAAGACAUGGAAGACAUUUCUCGAUCGGGCGUUCGUCGGGUACCUGGACAUUAAUGAUUUUGAAGAGACAGAGUCAUGA